AUCCACGUCGGUCAGGCUGGUGUCCAGAUUGGCAAUGCCUGCUGGGAGCUGUACUGCCUGGAACAUGGGAUCCAGCCGGACGGACACAUGCCCAGUGACAAGACAAUUGGUGGAGGAGAUGAUUCCUUCAACACCUUCUUCAUGGAGACUGGAGCUGGAAAGCACGUCCCCAUGGCAGUUUUUGUUGACCUGGAGCCCACUGUCAUCGAUGAGGUUCGCACUGGAACCUACCGCCAGCUUUUCCACCCUGAGCAGCUGAUCACUGGCAAGGAGGAUGCUGCCAACAACUACGCCCGUGGACACUACACCAUCGGCAAGGAGAUCAUCGACCUGGUGAUGGACAGGAUCCGCAAACUGUCUGACCAGUGCACCGGUCUUCAGGGUUUCCUGGUGUUCCACAGCUUCGGAGGUGGCACCGGCUCUGGUUUCACCUCCCUGCUGAUGGAGCGUUUGUCUGUCGACUACGGAAAGAAGUCCAAGCUGGAGUUUUCUAUCUACCCAGCUCCCCAAGUGUCCACCGCUGUGGUGGAGCCCUACAACGCCAUCCUCACCACCCACACCACCCUGGAGCACUCUGACUGUGCCUUCAUGGUUGAUAACGAGGCCAUUUACGAUAUCUGUCGUAGAAACCUCGAUAUCGAGCGUCCCUCUUACACCAACCUCAACAGGUUGAUCAGUCAGAUUGUGUCCUCCAUCACUGCCUCCCUUCGUUUCGAUGGUGCCCUGAAUGUGGAUCUGACAGAGUUCCAGACGAACUUGGUGCCCUAUCCCCGUAUCCACUUCCCUCUGGCCACCUACGCCCCUGUUAUUUCUGCAGAGAAAGCUUACCAUGAGCAGUUAACCGUGUCCGAAAUCACAAACGCCUGCUUUGAGCCAGCCAAUCAGUUGGUAAAAUGUGACCCACGUCACGGUAAAUACAUGGCCUGCUGCCUUUUGUACCGAGGUGAUGUGGUGCCCAAAGAUGUGAAUGCUGCCAUUGCCACCAUCAAAACCAAGCGCUCCAUCCAGUUUGUGGACUGGUGCCCCACUGGUUUCAAGGGGGGCAUCAACUACCAGCCGCCCACUCAUGCAGCCUCACAUCACUUCCCUGCUGCUUUCUGA